CAGGACGACGCUGGAGUGAAAACUUUGAGCUAGAAAACGGUCGCUCUUUAUUUCAUAAUUAGGUCAUUAGUGCAAAAACGACUGCGACGACACGGAAUAUUAUUUUUAUUAUGGUGUUGAAAAGAGUGCCAUCUUCAGCACUGUAACACAGAUUCCCGGCGUUGAAACAACUGAUAUUGCUUUUGCAAUGUUGAAGGGCCUGAGGGGUGACGGCAUGGCGGAAGGCGAUGAAAGCGCAGGUGGGACGUGGAAAGAGAAGUACAUGGCCCUCGAGGCCCUGCUCUUCAAGUUCCGUGGACAGAUGAGCGUGAUCCGAGAGCUCACGGCAGAAAAGAUGCAGCAGUUGGAGAUGCAGGUGUUGGAAGCCGAGCGUCGGGCAUAUGAGGCCAACCAGCAGGUGCAAUGGAUGGAAGAGCGUCUAAAGGCAUCAGAUAUCCAGUCAAGUGAUUCAGAGCUGCAGCUGUUCAGGCGCUGUCAAAAUCUUCAAACGGUACUGCAGGAGAAAGACGAGCUUAUUGCCACCCUAGAGCAACAGCUGGAGGAACAGAAACAGAACCGAAUCCAAGAUGCCAAGACGGUUGAAGAAAAAGCAGCUAAGAUCAAAGAAUGGGUCAUGCGGAAGCUGAAUGAAUUUGAUAUAGAGAAUGCCUCUCUGAGAGAGAUCAGCCAACAACAGGAGGCUGAGAUACAAGACCUGAGAAGACGACUGCAAGCCAUGGAGCCGACUUUGGGUUCUGGUGGCCCAGUGCAGCCCAGUGUGGGUGAGGCCCAGCGGCUCAGCAGUCUGACUUUUGGCUGUUUCCAAAUUAGAGGGAAGAGCCCUCAGGUACUGACGGGCCCAGAGCCGGCACAGAAGAGUGUCAGCACCCUGCCGGAUCGUGAGCCCACACACACAGACUGCAGGAGACCCUCUGCUGAUUCUGGAAUGAAACAAGAUUGCCCAGAAACAGAGUGUGUUGGCCGAUGCUCUAAGGUGGGAUCAGAGGACGAGGUGAUCACACUGUUCUGUGGUGACUCCUCUAUCCUCUCCAACUCUGCCUCUGAAGGAGAGAGGAGUCUGUUUGGAGGUUUGCGUUUCAGCCGACCCACCAGUGAGACGUACCACACAGCCUCAGACGACAGCAGCUCGCUGUUUGACGAUGACAUGCAGCGCGUGGAGUACUCCAGACUUUGCCUUCCUGGCACCAAGAGUGCUUCAAAGAGAGACAGCGAGAAGGUGGAUGCUGAGGAUGGAUCCUCAGAUGAGCUGAAUAAGCGCUUCCAGUCGCAAUGUCUUGAUUCCUCAUCGUCCUCCAGUGACACAAACACUCCCAGCCCCAUAUUAACUCCAGCUCUCACGCCAAAGCGGCCCACUCCAUCACGAGACUCCCAAGACACCACAGCCUCCCCCAAACAGCCCAGACUGCGUAAUCCAAAUGCGUUUACUGUUAGUUUGGCAUUGGCUAAAAAGCAUCUGAGUCAGCCUCCGCUGUACAGUGAAGCCGCCCAUGGGCGGACACGAAACGCCUUCAGCAUGCUACGUCCUCUACGGCCUCAGGAAACAGACAUGGACCAAGAGCAAAAGAUGGAGACUGGUGAAAGAGAAUGUGUGCCUGAUGUGCCUCCAGCAGAAGUGCCACCUGAGGAACUCGAAACACUCGACGCCUCUGCAGCCGUGCCCGGGAGUAAACCUCCGACCCCUCCACUGCACAGACUGCCUUCUUGGGAGAGCAGAAUAUAUGCUGUGGCAAAAUCUGGAAUUCGUCUGUCUGAGACGUCAUGUACAGAUGUAGCUAAUAAAGACUCCUCCCACCCAUUCUCAUGCCCUGCCUACAUGCUCUACACAUCCCUCAUCUACAGGAACACAAGCACACCUGUCUUCACCAUACUCAAAGGGAAGGCGACUUUGUUAAGCAAUGGUCAGUUCUCUGAGGAGUCGUCUAGUUCUGAGGAGGAGGACAGUUCGGAGGAGUGUCAGUCUAACUCUGGAGAGGAGGAGAACUCCCAGACCUCUGAAUCAGAAUCACACAAGAUGAGCAGCCAUGAAAGCCCCGGCUCCCUUAAGAGAGCUGUGUCAUUGUCUUCUAUGACAUCUGAGAGUGACUACGCCAUCCCUCCUGAUGCUUACUCCACUGACACUGAGUGCUCUGAACCUGAAAACAAACUGCCAAAGACCUGCUCCUCCAGCAGUGACAACGGCAAAAGUGAGUCUAUGGAGAAGUCUGGAUACCUGCUCAAGAUGGUCAAGACAUGGAAGAAAACGUGGAAGAGGCACUGGUUUGUUCUGAAGGACGGGGAGCUUCUCUACUACAAAUCACCAAGUGACGUAAUCCGUAAACCCCAAGGUCAGAUUGAGCUGAAUGCGUGUAGCACUAUAGCACGUGGUGAUGGCAAACAGAUGCUUCAGGUGGUGACAGGUAAGAGCGUGUGUAAUCUGAAGGCAGAUUCCCCAAACCUCCUGGAGGAGUGGCUGAGGGUCCUGCAGAGCAUCCUGAGAAUCAAAGCUGCGAGUCCGCUCUUCACUCACCCUGACGCACAGCCUGUUAUGAAAGGACAUCUGAUUUUCAGUGUGAAAUAUGGCUACUCUAAGCAUGUGUGGUGUGAGCUGUUUGGGAAAACUCUCUACUACUUCAGAAAUCAAGAGGACAAGUUUCCUCUGGGUCAGAUCAAACUGUGGGAGGCUCGUGUGGAGGAAGUGCAGAAGUCAUGUGACGUAGCUGAAGUCUCUGCUCAGUACACCCUCUCCAUUCAGUCAGUGAGUCAGGACCCAGCAUACCUGCUCAUCGACUCGCCUCAUGAGAAGACGGCCUGGCUUUUCCAUCUGUCUGUGGCCGCGGGCAACGCAGUGGGGCAGGUGGGGACUGAGUUCGAGCAGCUGGUUGGUAAACUGCUCAGCAUAGAGGGAGAUCCAGGGUCUCAACUCUGGAGACACCCGACGCUGUGCUUCACUAAGGAAGGACUGUCAUCUCCACUCACCACCCUUCCUUCACAGGCUCUACAAACUGAAGCCAUCAAGCUCUUUAAGACAUGUCAGCUCUUCAUUAACGUGGCCAUUGACACUCCAGCCAUAGAUUAUCACGUGACUCUUGCCCAGUGUGCACUACAAGUGUGUCUCACCCACUCAGAGCUACAGAACGAGAUCUACUGCCAGCUUAUCAAACAGACACGCAAGGGGCAGCCACACGGACCGCCGGAACCACUGCAGGGAUGGCAGUUCCUGGCUUUGUGUGUCGGCCUUUUCCUGCCCACACCCCCUAUUCUGUGGUAUUUGCAGGUUCACCUCAAAAGACACGGAGAUUCGAGGACGGAAGUGGGAAAGUAUGCCAUUUACUGUCAGCGCUCACUGGAGCGGACGCAGCAGAAGGGGGAUCGGCAAGCCCGGUCGUCACGAAUGGAGAUCCUAUCAAUCUUACUCAGGAACCCUUAUCAUCACUCUUUGCCCUUCAGUGUGCCUGUACACUUCCUUAACAACACCUACCAGGUUGUUAGUUUUGAUGCUUCAACAACAGUGGAGGAGUUUCAGAGUCAGCUGAACCAGGACACGGGCAUGAGGAAAACCGGCCAGUCUGGUUUCAGCCUUUAUUCUGAUGACCCCACUGGCAAAGACCUUGAGCACUGUCUUCAGGGACACCUGAAGAUCUGUGACAUUAUUUCAAAAUGGGAGCAAGCCUCGAAGGAGCAGCACGCAGGGAAAUCAGAGAAUGCCAGGACAGUGAAGCUCACUUAUAAGAACCGGUUAUACUUCUCCCAGCAGAUGAGAGGGGAGACCGAGAGAGAGCGUUUGCUUCUGGCGUACCAAACAAAUGAGGAAAUUACUGCUGGUCACUUCCCUGUUAACAAAGAGCUUGCUUUAGAAAUGGCCGCCCUGCUUGCUCAGGUGGAGUAUGGAGACUUUGAGCGUCCAUUUAGUAGUCCAGGUGGUUCAGGAGCUGCACAGACUAAAUCUAACCAGACCCUAAAACAGGUUCUAGAGCGCUUCUACCCGAAACAUUACCGACACACCUGCAUUGAGGAACAAAUAAGGCUGUUGCUGCAGAGGCUCUCUACCCGAUGGGCUUCUCUGAGGGGUCGGAGUUCAUCAGAGUGCAUACGAAUCUACCUGACAGUGGCUCGCAAGUGGUCAUUUUUUGGAGCCAAACUAUUUGAGGCUGAGAGAAAGCCUGUAGCUCCAUCUCCACAGAAGAACGUGCGUGUUUGGCUGGCAGUACAUGAAGAUGGAGUUAACAUGCUAGAGUUCAACUCUGUAAAACUCCUGGCAUCCUACCCUUAUAAAAGCAUUGUUGCAUUUGGAGCAUGUGGUCAGGACUUUAUGCUGGUAGUAACUCUGAGUUCUGGCACCAGCACAUCCAAAGAUAAGUCUACAGACAAGCAUCUGUUUGCUAUGGCCCCGUCAAAGGUUCGAGACACGACGUUGCUCAUAACCAGCUACAUUAACUGCACACAACAACAAAAAGCAGCAGCGCACCACCUGUCGGCCCCAGCCCUGCUGCUGGCUCUAUCUGGAGAGAUGAAGAACAAGGAUUCGAGGAGCAAGACUCCUCCAGCCGCCUGCAGACCCAGCAAAGCACCCACCCUCCUUUAAGUGGCCCGUACAGUAUGUGGUGGUGUUCACUCAGGAUAUACAGUAUGUCAGUCCAUUCUCAGCUGAUCAAAAUCCCUGGCUAGUGUCCAAAAAACCAUAUUUACAAUAUACUGGUUCACAUCAAAGAGAAUUUGGAAAUCUCUUUAAAUCAUCUAAUACUUCCUGUUGGGGCUGAGGGUGACAUGGCUGACAGUAGUUCUCAACAUUAAAACGGAUGAGAUCCCCGUAAAUAAUAAAAAAUAAAUAUUACUGUGCAUAUGAAAAUGAAAUGUAUUACUUUUUUUUUUUUUGCAUUGUGACAUUUUUAUGACAUUUUCCACCAAAUUGUCAUUAACAUAUUUUGU